AUGGUGCUUGUUUACCAAGAUAAGGAGAUUUCAACGCUAGAGGAUAUCCAGAAGUUAAAAGUGAAAGAUUUGAGGGAGAUAUUACGUUCAAAUUCGGAAGCGACGGGCGGAAUUAAAGCGGACUUGGUGUUAAAGGUAUACGCUAUUCUAAUGCGUAAUGUGCUACGACCGGGUGAUGAAUCUGNACGCGGUCUUCAAAAUCAUCCUGAACCUCUGUCUUGUACAUCGCGUCUUUCUGUAUGGGUUGUUCCACGCAAUCAGAGCGUUGCAGCCAAACCCCUUGACCAGGUCUUAAUAAGAAAAAUAAGGUUUGGAAAGAAAAACAUCCGCCUCAAGCCAAAGUUGAUAAACUUUGACCCAAGACCACCACAACAGCGCAACAGGGAUGCAGAAGGGUUCAAAACUUUAAGCGAAAACCUCCAAAACUGUCUGCCUUCAAGCUCAUUCUUCCUCUUUCACGACCUAAAAUCAAACUGUUCUGAGGAACCCACCCUUCAAGAGACUGAAGAGCAAGUCGAGGAAACUGUUGCCUUCACCGACAGCUAUGACAUAGCUACUAAUCGCUUUAAAACUAUGAUCGAUGAACAUGUUACGAGCCUAACCAUUACACCAGAGGAGAUCAAGGAAACUGAGAGGCUGACCAGAGGGCAAUCAAAAAACGAUUUUUGGUUUGAAAAAAGGAAAACUGUAUUAACAGCAUCAAAUUUUGGAAAUGCUGCCAAAACAAAAGUGGAGCCGUCAAAUAAAAUAAAGGCAAUACUUUAUGGUAACUUUACAACUGAAGCUGUCCAAUAUGGAAUCGAAAGUGAAGAAAAAGCUGUAAAUUUAUUUAUAAAGGAAAUGGGUCAGGAUGGAAUCAGAGUAAAGGUGGAGGAAACGGGAUUGUCAUUGUCAAAGGACAAACCAUACCUCGGCGCAAGCUUGGACAGAAUAGUGACAAUAAUGGACACUGGUGAAAAAUGGGGGAUGGAGAUCAAGUCUCCUUUCAGCAAAGCUGGCAUGACUGUCGAUGAAGCUUGUAAAGCAAAGAAUUUUUUCCUGGAAAAACUAGCUGAUGGGUCUGUUCAACUGAAAAGGAACCACAACUACUUUUGUCAAAUUCAAGGUCAGCUGUACUGUUCCCUCAUACCCCUUGAAGGCAUUUUUUUAGUAGUGUACUUUGGAGAAAACAUGCCACUGUUUAUUGAAAAAAUUCACUUUGAUAACAGCAAAUGGCGCGAUGACUUGUUACCAAAGAUUGAUUAUUUUUAUCGAAGGGCUUUUUUUCCUGAGGUGCUGACCGCACGAGUGAAAAGAGGAAAGGUCCUUUACCUACAUGGUGGUUGGCUUCCAUUCGGACACUAUUCAAGCUCAAGAAGUGGUUUAAAGUUAACACUUCAGAGAGAAAAAUGAGGUGAACAAUGAAUA